GUGGGGGGGCUUUUGUUGCGUGUUCGCGACUCGCCACAAUAAGAGCGCACGCUGCGUGAGCAAACACAAUCACCGGGAAACAAAUGGACGGGAGGGAAUGCGCCGAGGCGGCAGUGCAGGAGGGGCAGCAUACAAAGAAGGGUGCCGGGGCCGCUGGGGGUUCUAGCUGUUGAUGAUGAUGAUGAUGAUGAUGAUGGUUGUCCCCCCCCCCUCUCUCAGGCCCGUGGGCCCCCGGUGGUGCUGUUGGGGGCGAUGGACAGGAUGAAGAUAAUCAAGCGGCGGCUGUCCAUGUCUCUGCGCAGCGCUCGGCCCGUCGACGACUCGCUGUCGGAGCUCGCCGAGCAGAUGGCGCUGGACGAGCCGGCGGCGGCGGCGGCGGCCCGGGACAACGGGGAGGCGCACGCAGAGCCCGCGGCGGUGUGCGCCGUGCACCCCCCCGCCUCGCACAGCGCGCCCUCCUUCCUGCGGCAGUACGCCAGUCACCUGGGGCGCACCGCCCUGCAAAGGGGGCCGGGCGGCGGGCUGGAGAGAGACCGGGCCUACCUGAGCCUGCAUAGGACCGGAUCUCUGGGCAUCGUGCACGAGAACGUGAAGAUGGGAUCAGACGGCGAGAGCGACCAGGCGUCCGGGACGUCCUCCGAUGAGGUCCAGAGUCCAGUGAGGGUCCGAAUGAGGAACAACCACCACCGCCGCAUCUCCAACGAGGACAUAAACAAACGUCUGUCUCUCCCUGCUGAUAUCCGGCUACCGGAGGGCUACCUGGAGAAGUUUGCCAUGAACAGCCCCCCCUUCGACAAGCCCAUGAGCCGCCGGCUACGGCGCGCGUCGCUGUCCGAAAUCGGCUUUGGGAAGCUGGAGACCUACAUCAAACUGGACAAGCUAGGAGAGGGGACGUACGCCACGGUGUUCAAGGGGCGGAGCAAGUUGACAGACAACUUGGUGGCUCUGAAGGAGAUCCGGCUGGAGCACGAGGAGGGGGCGCCCUGCACCGCCAUCAGAGAAGUGUCUCUGCUGAAAGACCUGAAGCACGCCAACAUCGUCACCCUCCAUGACAUCAUCCACACGGACAAGUGCCUGACGCUGGUGUUCGAGUACCUGGAGAAGGACCUGAAGCAGUACAUGGACGACUGUGGGAGCAUCAUGAGCGUUCACAACGUGAAGAUCUUCCUGUUCCAGCUGUUACGAGGGCUGGCCUACUGCCACCGAAGAAAGGUUCUCCACAGAGACCUCAAGCCCCAGAACCUGCUCAUCAACGAGAAAGGAGAACUCAAACUGGCCGACUUUGGUUUGGCUCGAGCCAAGUCGGUCCCUACGAAGACGUACUCCAACGAGGUGGUGACUCUGUGGUACCGGCCGCCGGACGUGCUGCUGGGCUCCACCGAGUACUCCACGCCCAUCGACAUGUGGGGGGUCGGCUGCAUCUUCUACGAGAUGAUCACUGGCAGGCCUCUGUUCCCCGGCUCCACCGUGGAGGACGAGCUUCACCUCAUAUUCCGCAUCCUCGGGACCCCCACAGAGGAGACGUGGCCCGGCAUCACCGCCAGUGAAGAGUUCAAGACCUACAACUUCCCCCGAUACCGCGCAGAGCCGCUCGUCAACCACGCGCCCAGGAUCGACAACGAGGGACACGACUUGCUGUCCGUUCUUCUACAGUUCGAGGCCAAGAAGAGAGUCUCAGCCGAAGAAGCUCUCACACACUCGUACUUCAAAUGCUUCGGGGAGCAGGUUCAGACCCUGAGUGACACUGCCUCCAUCUUCUCAGUGAAAGGCAUUCAGCUCCAGAAGGACCCGGGGAAGAGAUCCUCCGUCUACCCAGAGUCCACGACGGCCCAUAAGCUGGGUUCGGCGCCCUCGCAGUACUUCCAGAGAGAAGCAGCCAAUCCCAGAGCUCAGAGUCUCAAUGUGUCCUCCACCUCUACGGGCUGAGUGGCCUCUACCGCGCUGCCCAGGGGAAGAGCAGGAGGCAGAGUGUGUUGUUUUAGUGCUGGCGGCGGUGCUGAGGUGAGGGAGGACAUGGACUCGUCGAGACAAACAUUCACUGACGCACACACACACACACACACACACACACACACACAGCACUGUGGAAACAAAACACCCCACAGAAGUUAGGAUGAAGCAUCCAUACUUGACAGCGACCCAACAGACAGAAAAGGAGGACUAAGUGCGGAGAAGAAGGUGGAACAGCUGAGGAUUCUCCUCGCUGCUACGACGCGCGUCUGUCCACCAGGAGGCGGCGCUGAGGACUUAGUGAACAGACCUUGCUGCAUCAGUGAGCCGUGAAGAAGAAGAAGAAGAAGCCCGUACUUUUGAGCCUCCCUCGGACUGUUGUUGUAUAUAAAGAGACUGAGCUGUAGAAGCCUGCUUUUUCCGAAUAUUGCACCUGAACCCUGAACCUCUCGGCCCUUUGUGGAUCUUUAAAACAACACAGGCACACAAACUCUCUUCAACACACACGUAUAAUUCACUUGAAAGUUACGAGUGUCCAGAUCGACAGAGUAUAGGAGGAAAAACUAGCACCUUAUUGUUGUCCAGUAGAGGUCAGAGGUCGUUACCUCAUCAAUCACUCGAGCAGACAGGAAGUAGAGAACCUGCUAGAUGAGUGAAGAAGAAUCAAAACAACAAACCAAAAAACAACACCCAUCUACCCAUAACCCCGGACGGGAGGUUCUACAGAAAACCCUUCUGUAUGUGUGAUGACCCAGAACCCACGCCGGAGGUUCUAUCCAGAUCCUGUCCCUCUUUCUAAGGUUUCUAACAAGAACCCACGUGGGGGGGUUCUACUCGUACCCUUUAUAUUCCCACGGUCUCCUUGAUAGUCGACCAUCUACAGAGGAUUCUUUAACGUUUAUAAGGUUCUACAAAGAACCUUUAAUAUUCCAAGGUUUCCAUCCACAACCCAUCCAGGUUUUCUUUAUCUCGGGGACACUUUAUGUUCCAAUGUUUUAACUACAACCCCAAAACAAUCCUGGUUCUCAAUCCAUUUUUUGGGAGUUCCCUAACACCCCUUUAAAGAGUCCUCGAAGAACUCUUUCUUCCCGACGGUGUCUUUAACGGAACCCUCACAUUAAGAGGCAGCUGUGUUCAUCGAUAAUGUGACUCAGAGAGGGUCAUAGUUUCACCAUAUAUUCACCAUUUCAUUUCAGCAGUGCAGAAUCCUUGUGAGUGUUUUCGUUGCCGGGGUCACGCACAGGUCACGUCUGCUCGGAGGCACCGUGCGAGCCUCUCUCGCGUUUGGAACCCUGUUAUCUUCACCGAUAACAUAAGACGCCACACUUCGGUUCCAUUACAACGAUUGCACACAAGUGGUCGACCAUUCGUCUCGUGAAGGGAUGAACCCUCAGUUGUCCUUGGACUCGGUUCCUCUUUGGCCUUUAGGUGUCAAUGUUGACCCCCCCGACUCCACUUGCCUUUAUUUUUAACUUUUCCGUAUAUACGUGCGUUCACUUUCCUUGAAGCAAUGAUAAUUCCAGGAUGCUGUUCUCGGUCUUUACUGUGUUCCCAUGGGGGCGACCGGGCGUGUUGCACUUUCCUUGAGCUCAGGACUUAAUGCUGGUGUUGUUUUGUGGUUUGCCGUGAGGUUCCUGCUGGUCUUCGUCCCGUCUCCCCAGCAGAGCGGAGGGCCUCCAACCCUUUUUGCAAAGCUGAUUUAAAAAGAAAAAAAUGUGUUCAUUCUCAGCAUCAACCUGUCAUACUUUGUUUUUCACGUCGUUCACUUCGUUCAUUCGGCCCCGAUAUCGCUGUUCAACCAUGACCAUUGUCUUUACGUGUGUUCUUCGCUCAGCAUGUUUGUGUAUUAAAAACAUUUGAACAGUGAAAUAGUUGCUCCUGGGGAAAAAAAGGAAUACCUCCACUUGCUUUAAAUUGUGCAUGAGACAUGAGGUAUUAUUACCUUUUAUUUUUCCAACAAACAUCACAUCUAGCUGCGAUGAGUCGGUACAUAGAGAUUAAAUAACAUUAGAAUAACGCAGCGGGAUGGUCAGUGGCGGCCAUUAAAGUGGAUGAGGGGAACGUAUUCAGCAACAAGCAAAGCGCACUGUGCAUAAUAAAACUCAAUGCUAUUACCAGAGGAGCGACAGCUGUCCGUCUCCGUCUCUGUAACCGGUGUAGCGCUACAGGGUGGGGAAUCAGCUACGCAGCGCCAUAGCGCUAACUCCAUCUCGGCUUAAUGCUACACUGGUGAAAGACAUUUUAUCAAACUGCAGCGCUUGGUCUGGUGGUCCCCCCCCCCCACGUCGGGGAUAGUUAGCUAGCUGGCUAAUCCUACCAGGCUAUGGUCGAGCAGAGAACCAGCUACCUAGCUAACCACCGCACAGCUGGCUACCCGGCCAGCGCUCUAAUUCCUCAGUCAGCUUUAACUGCCACACUGGUUACAGAAAAUAAGGGGAACAAAGGGCCCAGCGAUCCCCGGGAAGACUAGCUAACUAGCUAACUAGCCAGCCAUUCCGUCUCUGGCCCCGUGGGUAACUGUUAGCAGGGUACGCUAACACAUAACAGCCCUGCUGGGGUGUGUUGUCACCAUAAGAACUGUAAACAAUGGCCAUACUCCCAUGUACGAGCAUAAUGACCCCUAAACCCUCCGACGUCCGCCUGGCUGCUGUGAACCGUGUAAGCGUGUAAGUUAAUGACGUCACCGCGUUGGGCCGUCCGGCCUCGGGACCAGACGGUGUGUCGAACCAAUCGGACUCAAUGUGGAGGUGUGCGCUGAAUCAGUAACUCAAUAACUUGAGUGUGUAACAGGACUCGAGGGCCUCAGACACUCUUGUUUCCUGCUGCCAGAGACGAUCAGCCCUCCCCCGGCUGUCGCAGCACACGCCUGCUUCACACGCCUGCUUCACACGCCCGUCAGUUGGGGUUGCGACGCGUGCUGUAUGUUUCCCCGUUCCUCAGGCCGAGGCCGUAUGUAGCAUGUACAUAGACGAUCCCUCACUCUGUACAUAGCUAAAGUGUACAGGUUUGAUACAGCUAUUCACACUCUGGCUUUUGAUUUCUCCUUAAUAAAAGUCAUAUAUUCAAGCAAUAUUUCUGUAACUUAAAAAAAGGCACGGUGAUGUGAUGAGUUUGAUUCGGUUUCCCCGGAGAGGGAGAAAUGACUGUGAACGAUCAAACUGUGGGACUAAAGCGCUGACCUCUGUUCAUCACGCUGGAUCCAGAAGGCCGGGGUGAAGCACACUGAUCAUCUCUGGACGCCGUCAGGGGGACGCGGGUCUGUUGGUGUUGGAGGGGUGCACCGCCUUUGAGCGCAGACCUUUUAAGAAGCAAGUGGUUAUGUGAACAACCAAUAAAACCAAUAAAAAUCA